AUGGGGCCGCGCGCAGCCCCCGCCUCGCGCCCGCCGCCCCGACGGCUCCGGUGUCGGCCGGGCGCGCGCCCCCCUUUAAGGAGCGGCACGCGCCGGGGUCCCCCCCGCCCCCGCUCCCCCUCCCCCGCCCUGCCUCGCGCCCCACCCCUCCCGCCGCACGCCCUCCACUCGCGCCGGUCGCGUGUCGGCGCGGCCAAUGGCGCGCGCGCGCGCGGGGCCGGCGCGUGCGGGGAGCCAAUGGCGCGCGGGGCGCGGGGGGGGCCCGCGAGCCCGAGGCCGGCGGCACGCGCUGCCCCGCCCCGCCCCGCCCCGCCCCGGCCAGGCGCGCGCCGGGCGGCCUCCCCGCGCGCGGCGGGGCGGAACGGGGUGGGCGCGCCGGGAGCGCCCCGACGGCGCGUCCGGCCGGCCCGGCCGGGGUGCGGGCCAGAGCCCCGCUCAGGGCAAGACUCGAGAGCCCCGCACUGGGCAGCGGCCCGGCCCGACCGGGGUGUGGGCCAGAGCCCCGCUCAGGGCAGAGACUCGAGAGCCCCGCACAGGGCAGCGGGCCAGAGCCCCGCUCAGGGCAAGACUCGAGAGCCCCGCACAGGGCAGCGGCCCUGCCCGACCGGGGUGUGGGCCAGAGCCCCGCUCAGGGCAGCGGCCCGGCCCGACCGGGUUGUGGGCCAGAGCCCCGCUCAGGGCAAGACUCGAGAGCCCCGCUCAGGGCAGCGAGCCAGAGCCCCGCUCAGGGCAAGACUCGAGAGCCCCGCACAGGGCAGCGGCCCUGCCCGACCGGGGUGUGGGCCAGAGCCCCGCUCAGGGCAGCGGGUCGAGAACCCCGCGCCGGACAGCGGCUCUGUCAGACGGGGGUGCGGGCCAGACCCCCGCACUGGGCACAACCCGAGAGUUCCCCACCGGGUAGCGGCCCUGCCCGACGAGAGGUGUGGGCGAGAGCAGCGGCAGCGGCGGGCGGCUCUGGCACAGAGGGAACACACACCAGCUGGCACCGGGUCCUCCCGCCGCUGCAUUCUCUGA